AUGGUGUUGGGCGAUAUCUCUAUAGGAAGACACCAAUGGGAAAACCAGGACAAAAACCCAUUGCCUCUGGAUAUUCCAGACGUGGAUGAAGUGGGCGCUACUUCGGCACCUCUUCUUUCCGCUUCGUAUUUUAUCGGCGCAAAAUGCAAGCCUUUUAAUGAUGAUUUUAUGAUGUGUAAGGAUGAAAAUAAUGGUGGAACUGUGGAGUGUUUGAAAGAGGGCCGCCGGGUCACGCGCUGUGCCAUCUCUGUGUUGAAAGAUAUAAAUAAAUACUGUUUUGAUGAGUUCAAAUUGCAUUAUGACUGUUUGGAACAAGAAAAUCACCGGUUGGGUCAUUGCCGAAGCUCGGAAGCUCUUCUUAACAAGUGUGUGUUCCAGAACUUGAAACUCGAGAAAAAGAUCCCCGGAGUCGAAAAACAAAUCUUUUUGAACGAAAAUCCAAUUUUUCAAGGCACUUCCAAAGACAAGGCCAAUGUGGCCGAGUUUGUCCGUGCACGCGAGCAGAAGAACACUGCUGAUAACGCAUAG